GGUGGAGUUGCAGUUUCAUGCGACAGAGAAGCUACCUCCGUGUUAACUCUGCGGUUAGGAGCUCUGAGCUCCCCUGGAUGUAGAACAGUUUGUCUCCAAUGCAGGGGCGGACUGACCAUUCGAGUACUCGGGCACUGCCCGGGGGCCCUGGGGUCAGUAGGGGGCUCCAUGAAAUGCCCCUGGUAACUUUUUAUAGGAUUUUUUUGAGUUGUGGGCAAGGACACAGGGGCCCCAUGAUCCCCUAUUGCCCGGGGGCCCCAUGAGUUGUCAGUCCGCCCCUG